AGCUAAUGUAAUGUUUAUAUGCUAUCGCAUAUCAACUGUGCAGCAUAUUUUACUCGCGAGUGAAUCAAGAGGAUGAGAAUUCGCAAACGCUUUCUACCGCGUACGAUUUCGGAUGGCAUCGCGACGGGUUUCAUGACUGCAAUAAUUCCAAUCACAUUUUGGUUCGAGGUGUACGUAGUGAUACCAGGUGUCCAUGGUAUAGAUUCAAUCUACAACUGGAUCCAUUUGGGCCCUGCAUUGUUUCUAUUGUUCAACAUUAGUGCCAACAUGCUGGCGACAAUCAUGUGCGAAACCGGCUGUGGCACAGAGAUCGUGAACGUUCCCACGAAUGUAAAUAUUACGUCCGGACAGGGAUCAAAGACAUGGCAUGUGUGCUCGACCUGUGAGGCGGUUGCACCUCCCAGAUCGUGGCAUUGCAACACGUGCGGAACGUGUGUACUGAAACGGGAUCACCAUUGUGUUUUCACGGGAUGCUGCAUCGGUCACAAAAAUCACAGAUAUUUUAUUUUAUUCGUGCUGCAUCUUUUCAUAGCGACGCUUUACGCAAGCAUCCUCAACAACUACUUUAUAUGGUUCGUAAGAGGGGAAGAUUUCCGCAAUUGGACCUCAUUGGUGAAAAUCGCAUUUCCUCUGGCGAUGCUAGUGGUAGACACAUCAACGAAACAGUAUUACUUGCUCGUAUAUCUAAUCAAUAUGGUUGGUAUGUUCAUGACGGGAGUACUACUGAUAUAUCAUGGAAGGCUUAUCCUUAGCGGUACUGUUGUUCACGAACGUAAUUUCCAUGAUUACAAUCUGGGUUGGUUGGAAAAUAUUAGAAUGGUGCUAGGGAAACGGUGGUAUUUAACAUGGUUGUCGCCAUUUUUACAAAGUGAGUUACCCCAUAAUGGGAUCGACUGGGAUUUUAUCCAGAAGGAGGCCGCGAAAACCAAAUAGCUUACAAACCUGUACAAAUUUUUAAUAAAAUGCUAUAUAUCAUUUAUCUACGAGUA